AUGGUCGUCCAUGCACUGGCCAAGUCGGCCUUCUCAGCCUCUGGCAAGUCGGGUCUGUACGACCGCGCACGGCCAAGCUACCCCAUCGAAGCCAUCGGGGAGAUCUUCAAGCUGCUCGCAGGACGCAAGCAUGCAUCUCUCAUCGAGCUAGGACCUGGCACGGGCAUCUUCACGCGCAUGCUCCUCCAUCCGCCCAACGAAGUCGGACUGACUGCAUCGGGUCACAUUGGCUCCAUCCUGGCCGUCGAGCCUGCAGAGGGCAUGCGGCAAGACUUCGAACGCAACACCCACGCACCUCAGGGCAUCGAGCUCAGCAUUAAAGAUGGCAGCUUCACCGAGAUCCCGGCAGAGGACAGCUCGGCGGACGCGGUGGUGAUCGCUCAGGCGUUUCACUGGGCUCAUCCUCACUACGAUGCUUCCAUCAAGGAGAUUGCGAGAGUGCUCAGACCUGGAGGACUGUGGUGUAUGAUCUGGAAUCUCGAAGACAGAGAGGCUGCGCAGUGGGUGGCCAAGAUCAGGGACGCGUACGAGCAGCACGAAAAGGGAACGCCCCAAUAUCGAUUGGCAUGGUGGAAGCAGAUCUACAACGAGCCAAGCUACAGCCAGCACUUUGUUCAAUCCCAGCACUUUACAUAUCGGCGUGAGAUUCCCACAACGGUUGACGGCGUCGUGGACCGAGCGUUGAGCAAAUCAUUCAUCACAGACUUGUCGGAGAGCGAUCAGCAACAAGUCGAGAAGAAUCUGCGCAAGAUAUUAGCAGAAGCGACAGACAAGAAGGCACUCGACGAUCAGGGCCACUUUGCGUUCCCGUACCGCACAGAUCUGUAUGUGUUCGAGAAGAAAGCCUAG